AUGCAUUGAUGAUAAUUUAUAUGGCUUUAGGUGAUGAGCUUCUUUCAGGCUCGUUUCCGUUCAAAGAAAUUAAAAAUAGACUAAUUACCUGGGUGGUUAAAGGAGCUAUAGAUGUAGACAUUGGUGCUAACCCUUCGGAUGAAGGUGGGGAAGAAGAUGAAAGUGUCGAUGAUUCUGUAGUGAAGGUCAUCGAUAUUGUCGACACAUUCAGGCUUCAGGGACAAACUUCUUUCAACAAGAAGCAGUUUGUGACAUAUAUGAAGCACUAUAUCAAGCUAUUGAUGCCUAAAUUGGAAGCAGAGAAGCAAGAGUUAUUUAAGAAGCACAUCGAACAAGCUACCAAAAUUUUGCUUUCCAUGCUCAGUGACCUACAAUUUUUUGUAGGUGAAAGUCUGCACGACAACGGCAGCAUGGUCUUUGCUUACUACAAGGAGGGUGCAACCGAUCCAACAUUUCUGUACCUUGCCGUCGGUCUAAAGGAGGUCUAGUGCUAAGGAUAUGAUGAAGCCAGAGCUAAGAACAAACUAUAGUCUAGUUUUAUAUCUGAGCUUUUAGAGGCCUUGAUGUUUGUGCGUGGUUAAAUGUCAAGAUGCUGUCACUAUAUGAUGUAAAUGAAUACCUGGAAUUCAAUUAUUUUAAUGAGGAUUUGAGUG